GUCGCUUACAAACCUCAAUUUCUAUUAUUCAGUUUCUUCUCAUUUCCUCAGUAAUUUACUCCGCGACGUUCGGGUUUACGCCGUAAUACCUUUUUCCUUCAUAUUUUAUUUUUCACCUCUAGUCAUUCUUUAAUAGGAUACCGAUAAAUCUACCGACAAUAUGUAUAGAUCCGCUUUGCGGUCCUCGCCGCGAGUCGCAAAUACUCUUCGACAAACCACACUCUCUACCGGUGGCCGACGGUUCGCAUCAACAUCUGCAACGGAAGGAAAACGAAGUUGGAAGAGCUCAGCUGUAAGAUGGAGUUUAGCUAUUGGUGCGGUAUAUUGGUAUAGCACAAGUUCGGCCUUUGCCGAAGAACCCUUACCGAAAACGAUACCUCCGCCUCCUCAAUUUUCAGAUGAAGAUCUUCCUACAGUCGAAGCCGUUGUUGCGCAAAAACGUCGAGAAGCCGAAGCACGAUUACAAAAAUCCCAACAAUCCCUAUCCACUCCUGAGCCAGCUACAGCCGCGCUAUCCUCCGGAACAUCCUCGUCGGCACCUGCUAAGGAUGUUGAAACACAUGUUCAUUCUCCUCCCGCCGAGGGAAGCCCCGAAGCAUUAGAAGAGGAGGCUGAUCAACAAGGAGCAUUUAACCCGGAGACAGGAGAAAUCAAUUGGGAUUGUCCAUGCUUAGGAGGGAUGGCACACGGACCUUGUGGUGAGGAGUUUAAGGCUGCAUUUAGCUGCUUCGUCUAUUCCAAAGAGGAACCAAAAGGAAUGGAUUGCAUAGAUAAAUUCCAGCACAUGCAAGAUUGCUUUAGACAACACCCCGAGGUAUAUGGAGAAGAAUUAGACGAGGACGAAGCUUCUGCAGAGGGUACCCCGGAAUCGGUGACAGAGGCAACGUCAGCUAAGACGAUUACUUCGGAAGCCGAUGUCACAUCGAAACCAAAUGAGGCGACAACCCCGGCCGAAGAAGUUAAGAAGGUAGACGAGGAAACUAAGGAAGUAGUAAAGGAAACAGAAAAACAAAACGUCCCUCCGGCACAGCCUUAAGCGAGAGGUCUUAAAAAUUGGGACAAUUAGGACAUGACGUAUUACAAAUACCAUCGUCUAUUGAGGAAGAUGCCUCGACCCAGCC